UAUUUGAUACAAUUUCUUAAGAGAAUAUUUUGGUGAAAUUUUUGACAAAUCUUUUUGUUAAGAUUCUUAUUUCAAUCCCAUUUUUAAUGUGCUUAUCUCAAGACCAAAUUAAAACUAGAAAAUCAAUGAAGAGAAUAUAAGUUUCAAUAAGAAACUUUUUUUAAAAAAAAGGAUAAUAUAGGGUUGCAUCAUUUCCAUUAAAAAACAAGGUGAUGUUUUGAAGAUCUUUUCAAAAACCUCAGAGAUCCUAACGAAUUUCAAAAAAAAAUGAUUUUUUUUUUUUUUUUUUUAAGAAACUAUGUUUUAAUGGUAGGCUUGGUCGUUUCGCAUUUCUUCGAGUAUGUCUUAAAAACCCAACCGUUAUUCAGUGGUGAACGGCCGUUUCGGUCGCCCCCAAAACAAAAUACCACCACAUUUCGUGAAAAAUUCAACCAAAAAGAGCCGAAAUUUUGAAUCAAUGGCUCACCACCUAACGUAUAAAAUAUAGGAAAAAAUAAACCAGACUCAACUUACCCAAUCUAUUUUUUUCUCUCACUUUUUUCCUCAAACUACAAUUUGUAUACAAAUAUACCCCAACCAAAAAAUAAAUAAAAAAAAUCUAAAUUAUCCUCCCUUACUUUUCCUUUACAUGUGCCUCUCUCCUCUAUCCCACCAAAAUAGGGCUUCUGUAUUGUGUAAGUGCAGUCCAACAGUGGAUCAAGUGCUCUAGCACGGUGUAAGUGCGAUCCAACAGCAGUGGAUCAAGUGCUCUAGCAAGGUAUAAGUGCGAUCCGGCAGUGGAAUGAGUCACAGUGCUCCAGUACUGUGUAAGUGCGGUCUGACAGUGGAAUACUUUGGAAUCACAGCGCUACGUACGGUCUAGCAAUAGAACACUCUGGAGUCACAGGGCUUCUGCACUAUGUAAGUGCGGUCCGGCAGUACAAGUUCUGGAGUCACAACAUUCCAACAGUUGCAAACGGUCUUCCGAUAGUAGAACUUCUUAGUCACUGGGCUCUGACAAUUGCAAACGGCGGUACGGCAGUACUCAGUUUCGAUCCGGUGCGCUCUGACAAUGUGUUAUUGGGUCCAAAAGUUAACGUCAAUUCUGGCCAAAUUGAUUUUCGAUCCAGCAAUGCGAUUGUGCGCUUCGACAAUAUGUUAUUGGGUCCAAAAGUCAAUAUCAAAUCUGGCCAAAUUGAUUUUUGUAUACGAGAAGAGCAUUUCUAUCUAAAACAAUGAACUUUUUACUUUGGGCAUUUGUAUAACAAGUUUGUUUUUGAGAAAAAAGUGAAAGAAAAAGUUUUGUUGGGUAAGUUGCAUAACAAGAAUUUUGGGAUUUUUUUUGUUAUUUUCGUAAUUGACGGUUAACUCUUUGACGCAUUCUUGCGGGAUAUAUGGCCAAGAGAGUCUGUUAAUUACUAAAGGAGCGUACAAAGUGGAGAAAAAAAGGGAGAAAUUCAAGCGUUUUGGAGGAGUGGCUUGCUCUGAGACUCUCUCUCCUCUCUCCUCUCUCCUCUCUCCUCUGUCUCUACAUUCUUUGUGAGGGGUGGCGGUGGCCGGUAGCGGAGGCAAGUGCUGAAGCGAAGCGUGGGUGGUGUGCAUGUACUGCAUGGCUCAGCCAGCUUGAUCCAAAGAUUAAUUGAAGUUAAUGACCCGAAAUUGUGUAUCUUAAUUUUAAUUAGGCGGUGAUUAAGUAUGAAUGUGAAUGAUUAGAUCGAUGAUGAUAUGUAAACGCCACUGAUUAAUGUUAGCCCAAACCACCACCACUUUAUCGUCGUCGUCUUCAAAGAAAUGACAAAGAGCAAUGCCUCUCACUCUUCAUCGUCCAUUAAAAGUGACAAGAGAAAGAAGUCCAUCAUUCCAAAUAUUUUUUCCAAGAAAUGGAGGAACGGGAGAAGUGCAGACGAUGAUGAAUUUGGUAGAAGCAGUGCAGACGAUGAUGUACUUGGUAGAAGCGAAGUAGUGCGAGUUGAAAGAAGAUUGACAUUGACCCACGGGGCUCGCCUAAUGGAUGCCUCCCCUUUUGUCAGGAAAAGCUUCUCAGAGAGGCACAUGAACCCAAGACUAGAAGGGCUGAAUAUCAGCAACUAUGAACCCACUACGCAGCUCGUCAAUAUUCAAGAAUUUCGGAUAUUCGUAGCAACAUGGAAUGUCGGUGGAAAACCUCCAAACAGUGGCCUCAACCUUGAUGAUUUCUUGCAAAUUGAGGGCUCCUCAGACAUAUACAUCUUAGGGUUUCAGGAAAUCGUUCCUUUAAAUGCAGGAAAUGUGCUUGUAAUCGAAGACAAUGAGCCAGCUGCUAAGUGGCUCUCUCUCAUCAGCCAAACGCUCAAUAAACCAAAUGAGCAGAGCCACCAUCACCAUCACCAUCAGCCAUUGCAACAGGGUCAACCUUCAGCAGAAGUCUCAGUUAGGAACCCAAAUUCAAAAGACUCCCAGUCAGGAAGUGGCCUUCUCUUCUUUCAAAAGCCUUCUUUGAAAGUUCUAAGUAGAAAAUUUAGAGUGGACAAUGUGCUUCUUAAGACCUGUAACUGCCCUUCUGAGUUCUCUGAGAGGAAGCAUAGACAGCUUGGAGAACUUAUACAGAAGGUGGAUUCAUGUUCAAUAUGUGAAGAAGAUUAUGUAGAUGAAGAUGGGUCAGUUAUUGAUAUGUCAAACUCGAAUCAGUUGAAUUAUUGUUUGAUUGCAAGUAAACAGAUGGUGGGUAUCUUUCUUUCAGUGUGGGUGAGGAAUGAACUAGUUCAGCAUGUUGGGCAUCUCAGAAUUGCAUGUGUUGGACGUGGAAUUAUGGGUUGUCUUGGCAACAAGGGUUGCAUAGCAGUGAGCAUGUCUCUGCACCAGACAAGCUUCUGCUUUGUUUGCUCUCAUCUAGCUUCUGGUGAGAAGGAAGGUGACGAGCUGAAGCGAAACCAGGAUGUGAUUGAGAUUUUGAAGAACACACAGUUUCCUAGGAUCUGCAAGACCCCAAGUCGAAUGAUACCAGAGAGAAUUCUUGAGCAUGAUCGAGUAAUAUGGUUUGGAGAUUUGAAUUACCGAAUCGCUCUGAGCUAUGCAAAGACCAGGAAGUUCUUGGAGGAUAACGACUGGGAUGCCCUCUUACAAAAAGAUCAGCUCAAGAUAGAGAGGGAAGCAGGAAGAGUGUUUAAGGGCUGGAAGGAGGGGAAGAUAUAUUUUGCUCCCACCUACAAGUACUCCAGCAAUUCGGAUUUAUAUGCAGGAGAGACUGUAAAAUCAAAGAAAAAGCGCAGAACUCCUGCAUGGUGUGAUCGUAUUUUGUGGUAUGGGCAUGGGAUUGAACAACUCUCUUACAUCAGAGGAGAAUCAAGGUUCUCAGACCACCGUCCAGUUUGUGCAGUUUUUGUAGCAGAGGUGGAUCUCUUUAGGGGCCGCAGAAACAAGAAAAGCUAUUCAAGUACAGGGGCUGGAAUUGAGAUUGAAGACCCCCUGGGUCGACAUAGCUUCUGUGAAUUUCGAUAACAUGGAGAAACCACCUUUUAAACUUAACAUAGUUUAUAAGAAAAAGUUCUUUUUUUGUUGUUGUUUUCUAAUUUAAUGUAAGAAAUUUCCCAUGAAUC